AUGUAUCUAUGUUCCAUUGUUCCUAUCUAUCUAUCUAUCAUUAUCUAUCGCAUCUAUUCCUAUCUAUCUAACCUCAGUCUGUUCAAUUAUAAUAUCUAUCUAUCUAUCUAUCUAUUCUAUCUAUCUAUCUAUUCAGUCUGUUCUAUCUAUCUAUCUAUCUAUCUAUCUAUUAUCUAUCUAUCUAUCUAUCUAUAUAUAUAUAUAUAUAUAUAUUCUUCAUAUUUAUCUAUCUAUAUCUAUAUAUUUCUUCAUAUCUAUCUAUCUAUCUAUCUAUCUAUCUAUAUAUAUAUAUAUAUAUAUAUAUAUAUAUACAUCUAUCUAUCACAGCCUGUUCUUUAUCUAUCUAUCUAUCUAUUAUCGCAGUCUAUUCCUAUCUAUCUAACUCAGUCUGUUCCUAUCUAUCUAUCUAUCUAUCUAUCUAUCUAUCUCAUUAGGAAGCCCAGCUCAGGCAAAAUAUCUCAAUUAACUCACAACUCUGCGACGGAGGAUAACGCCGGAUCAACUGUUUCUUCCCUUUCUAUCUGCCUUAAUUCUGUUCCUAUCUAUCUAUCUAUCUAUCUAUCUAUCUAUCUCACUCAGUUUCUUCAUAUCUAUCUAUCUAUCUAUCUAUCUAUCUAUCUAUCUAUAUAUAUCUAUACCUACCUAUCUAUCUCCGUUUUUCAUAUCUAUCUAUUUAUCUAUCUAUCUCAGUUUCUUCAUAUAAAAUAUCUAUCUAUCUAUCUAUCUAUCAAUUUCUUCAUAUCUAUCUAUCUAUCUAUCUAUCUAUCUAUCUAUUAUCUAUCUCUAUCUAUCAUAACUAUCUAUCUCUCUUUCUCUACAAACACAUAUCUAUCUCCGUUUCUUCAUAUCUAUCUAUAUCUAUCUAUCUAUCUAUCUAUCUAUCUAUCUAAGUCUUUUCAUAUCUAUCUAUCUCAAUCUGUACAUCUCUCUCCCUCUCUCCCUCUUAUCUAUCUAUCUAUCUAUCUAUCUAUCUAUCUAUGCCUUUCACAUAAAUGUUUGAAUGUUAAUUAUUCUGACGACUUUUCCUUUUUGUUAUAUGCACUUUACCAAAUUAAGUGCCAUACUCAUUCACAUCUAUCUAUCUAUCUAUCUAUCUAUCUAUCUAUCUCAGUCUGUUCACAUCUAUCUCCCUCUGUCACUCUCUGUCUGUCUCUCUCUCUAUCAAUCUAUCUAUCUCAGUCUAUUCCUAUCUACCUUUCUAUCUUUCUCAGUCUGCUCAUAUCUAUCUAUCUAUCUAUCUAUCUAUCUAUCUAUCUAUCUCAGUCUAUUCCUAUCUAUCUAUCUAUCUCAGUCUGCUCAUAUCUAUCUAUCUAUUUAUCUCUGUAUCUCUGUAUCUAUCUAUCUAUCUAUCUAUCUAUCUAUCUAUCUAUCUAUUAA